AUGAAAACCAAUAUCAUGAAUUGUUUACGUGAAAAUCGAAUUACUACGACUGAUUUCGAUUGUCGCUUUGCGUCUUGGUGCCGAAAUUCGUUUGUUGCGAAUGAUAUUGGUGGACAAACGUUUCUGUGCGAUCUGAAAUCCAAUAAACCAGUUCUUCUUUAUGAAAACAUGUAUGAAGUUUAUAAAAAAGUUCAUAUCGAAUCGGCUCAUGCGGGACGAGAUAAAUGUCUUGAUGCAUUAUCAAUAAAUUACAGUUGA